AUGUCGGGUGAACUGGUCAUCAAAGAACACUUGGGGGAUGGUACCGAUGUCUUUGCACUUCCUCCGGCGGCACUGAGUCCCGCCAAAGUCGACUCGGCGAGCCGACGUUCCUCGAGAUCCGAUCCGACCUAUGUACCAGCGUCUCCGACCUCGCCUGAACUGACGGCCCGAGGCCGUAAUGCUCAAGCCUCCCGAUCAGGAACAGUCGCCAAGCGCCCACUGGAGGAUUUUGAUCUCCCACCACCGCCAACUCGCACUCGUAAGAUCAUCCAGAUGAAACCCAAGGCCCCGGCAUCCAAGUCCCCGACCAAGACCAAGGACAACGCCAGGCUGGCCCAGAGUUCCCCAGACGCUACGGCCAACCCCGGCACCACAAAUAAGAAGAAGACGCCUAGUGCGACCAGCGCGGCCGGCCGCAAGAUCGCUCGAAAGACUGCCCACAGUCUCAUUGAGCGUCGCCGGCGAUCCAAGAUGAACGAGGAGUUCGGGACCUUGAAAGAUAUGAUCCCGGCCUGCCGAGGCCAGGAAAUGCACAAGCUAGCUAUCCUUCAGGCAAGCAUCGAUUAUGUCAACUAUCUGGAGCGCUGUAUUCAAGAUCUCAAGACCGCCGGCACCACCCACAGCACUGCGGCUCCUCCAUCCCCCACAUCCCCAGAAUUCAUUGCCGAAGGAGGAACUAGCUGCGUAUCACAAUCUCAGCCUCCCCAACGGCCUCCUUCUUCAAUCUACUCCUACUCUGCUUCUGCCUCCCCGGAGCUUCUUCCUCCAGAUGGGCAGAUCUCCGAUGUCUCCCCAUCUUUCUCCCCCCGUACGCGCAUGCCGUCGGUGCAUACCUUGUCUGAUGUCCCGUCUAUCCUCCCGAGCCCAGCCCUCGGGCCCUCCCACUCACAUCCCUCGCUGGAGAAGAUACAAGAUCUCCAGGGUAGUGAUCAUGAGGCGUCAGCCGCGCUCUUGAUGCUCACACGGGACCGAAGGGGCACGGCUGAUUCGAUCAGCGAGCACUUCGCCGGGAGUACGACGCUUUAUACGCCCACCGAGGAUAGUCGGACGGGUCGGACGAGUUCGGAUGCACAGCGCAGGAACGGUAUGAGUGUGCGUGAUCUUUUGAUUUCAUGA